GAGAAGUCCCAGGGCUUUUCAGUUCGAACCCCACAGAAGAAGGGUCUGUGUGUGUGUGUUUUGCUUACCGUGACCUAGCUACAAGCCUCUCUUAGAUAAGAGGGCCACAACACCACACAGCCCUGCAUCGGUGAUGUCAGCAGCUCGCUAAUCUCACAGGGGAUUGGUGGAUGGAUGCUUGUCAGAAAACAUCGGAGCCCGUCUGGAUCAGAGCUGGGCAGUCUGAGCGCUUAUUUGUGUUGCGAAGCUGCUGUCAGGAUGAGGCUGGCUGGCGUGGGGAAGAGGAACCGGUGAGAAGAGCCUGGCUCGACCUUACCGCCAAAACCUUUAGCCGACAAACACAGGUUCUGUCCGGGGCUUGGAUUCUGAGCUUCCAUCUUGUGGUCUCUCGACCACUGUACAACCAAGAAGAAAUCUCGGGCUUCCUUGCCCACACUGACGCGCCAUGUUAUCGGGGAGCUUGGAUCCCAACUCCAAUGGAUUUAACUGCCAGAGGACUGAUGAGGAGGCAGUCCUGGACAGAGGAGGCACUCGCUCCAUGCUCAACACCAACUUUGAGAAGGAGGAGCUGGAAGGCCACCGGACCCUUUACAUCGGGGUCCACGUUCCCCUGGGGAGGAAGUCCCACCGACGUCACCGUCACCAUGGCGGCCACAACAAAAACAGCAGGAAGAGAUCCAAAGAGAGGGAAUCUGGGGUGGACGGCGAUGGCAGAGAAUCACCCUCCCACACAGACACUCCUGCCCAGAGGGUGCAGUUCCUUCUGGGGACAGAGGAUGGUGAUGAGGAGCACAUACCUCAUGCCCUCUUCACUGAGCUGGAUGAGAUCUGCCUGAGAGAGGGCGAGGAUGCAGAGUGGAAGGAGACCGCCAGGUGGCUGAAGUUUGAGGAGGACGUGGAGGAUGGAGGCGAGCGUUGGAGCAAGCCCUACGUGGCCACCCUGUCUCUUCAUAGCCUGUUUGAGCUGAGGAGCUGCAUCCUCAACGGCACCGUGCUGCUGGACAUGAGGGCCAACUCACUGGAGGAGAUCGCCGAUAUGGUCCUGGACCAGCAUGAGGUGUCGGCCGGGGUGGGGGAGGACGUGAGGAGGAGGAUCCGUGAGGCGCUCCUGAAGCAGCACCACCACCAGAACCACAAGAAGCUGGCCAACCGCAUCCCCAUCGUACGCUCCUUCGCCGAUAUUGGCAAAAAGCAUUCCGAGCCCCACUCCAUGGACAAGAACGGUCAGACAGUCUCUCCCCUGUCCCAGCCAACCACCACAGAGGGCAAGGAACAUGUCAGCCGGGAGAACAGCCAUGUGGACUUCAGCAAGAUUGACCUCCACUUCAUGAAGAAGAUUCCACCCGGUGCAGAGGCAUCCAAUGUCCUGGUGGGGGAGCUAGAGUUCUUGGAGCAGCCCGUGGUGGCCUUUGUCCGUCUGUGUCCCGCCGUGCUGCUCAACGGCCUAGCUGAGGUCCCCAUCACCACCAGGUUCCUGUUCAUUCUGCUGGGGCCUCUGGGAAAAGGACCACAGUACCAUGAGAUUGGACGAUCCAUCGCAACUCUGAUGACAGACGAGGUGUUCCAUGACGUGGCGUAUAAAGCCAAGGACAGGAACGACCUGGUGGCCGGCAUCGAUGAGUUCCUGGACCAGGUGACUGUGUUGCCACCUGGGGAGUGGGACCCCUCCAUCAGGAUAGAGCCGCCCAAAAACGUGCCCUCUCAGGAAAAGCGCAAGGUCCCUCCUCUACCCAACGGAGAUCUGGGAGAAGCAGAGGAACCUGGUGGCCAUGGAGGCCCAGAGCUACAGCGCACAGGAAGGUUCUUCGGAGGGUUCUUCAUGGACAUCAAGCGCAAAGCGCCCCACUACCUGUCUGACUACACGGACGCUUUGAGCCUGCAGUGUCUGGCCUCCUUCCUUUUCCUCUACUGUGCCUGCAUGUCUCCUGUCAUCACCUUCGGCGGACUGCUGGGGGAAGCCACCGAGGGACGCAUAAGUGCAAUUGAGUCGCUGUUUGGAGCCUCCAUGACGGGGAUAGCCUACUCCCUGUUCGCUGGGCAGCCUCUCACCAUCCUAGGCAGCACAGGCCCUGUUCUAGUGUUUGAGAAGAUUCUCUUCAAGUUCUGCAAGGACUAUGACCUGUCCUACCUCUCCCUGAGGGCCUGUAUCGGCCUGUGGACGGCGUUCCUCUGCCUGGUCCUGGUGGCUACAGACGCCAGCUCCCUGGUCUGUUACAUCACCCGCUUCACAGAGGAGGCCUUCGCCUCGCUCAUCUGCAUCAUCUUCAUCUACGAGGCCCUGGAGAAACUCAUCCACCUGGGGGAACACUACCCCAUCAACAUGAACAUCAACCUGCAGAAACUCACCCAGUACUCGUGUGCGUGUGUGGAGCCAAAGGAUCCCAGCAACUCCACUCUGAGGUACUGGGAGGACAGGAACAUCACUGCAUCAGAGGUCAACUGGACCAGCAUGGAGGUCAAGGAGUGCUUUGUGUUCCGGGGGGAGUUUGAGGGCAGCGCCUGUGGCCCCCACGGACCCUACAUUCCUGACGUCCUCUUCUGGUCCGUGGUCCUCUUCUUCUCCACUGUCUUCAUGUCCGCUUUCCUCAAGGAGUUCAAGACCAGCCGCUACUUCCCCACCAAGGUGAGGGCCCAGAUCAGUGACUUUGCCGUUUUCAUCACCAUCCUCACCAUGGUCUUAGUGGACUACGCCCUAGGAAUCCCCUCACCCAAACUGCAGGUCCCCGACAAGUUCAAGCCAACCAGAGACGACCGUGGUUGGAUCGUGAACCCAAUAGGACGCAACCCGUGGUGGACCACCAUAAUCGCGGUCCUCCCUGCGCUGCUCUGCACCAUCCUCAUCUUCAUGGACCAACAGAUCACGGCUGUCAUCAUCAACAGGAAGGAGCACAAACUGAAGAAGGGCUGUGGCUACCACCUGGACCUGUUUGUGGUGGGGGUGAUGCUGGGGGUGUGUUCUGUGAUGGGCCUGCCCUGGUUCGUGGCGGCCACCGUGCUCUCCAUCUCCCACGUCAACAGCCUGAAGCUGGAGUCAGAGUGCUCGGCCCCCGGGGAACAGCCCAAGUUCCUGGGGAUCAGAGAGCAGCGCUUCACCGGCCUCAUGAUCUUCCUACUCAUGGGCUGCUCCGUCUUCAUGACCUCUGUCCUCAAGUUUAUCCCCAUGCCUGUACUGUAUGGAGUGUUCUUGUACAUGGGAGCGUCCUCGCUGAGAGGUAUCCAGUUCUUUGACCGUCUCAAGCUGUUUGGCAUGCCGGCCAAGCACCAGCCAGACUUCAUCUACCUGAGACACGUCCCCCUGAGGAAGGUCCACCUCUUCACCAUCAUCCAGCUCAGCUGCCUGGUCCUGCUGUGGGUCAUCAAGACCUCAAAUUAUGCCAUCGUCUUCCCCAUGAUGGUGUUGGCUCUGGUGUUCAUCCGUAAGCUUCUGGACUUCAUGUUCACCAAGAAGGAGCUGAGCUGGCUGGACGACCUGAUGCCUGAGUGGAAGAAGAAGAAACUAGAGGAAGGAGAGGAAGAGGAGGAGCCCAGUAUUAUAGUGGAUGAGGAGGAGGGGAUAGUCAAUUUGCCACUGGAAGGAAAUUACAAGAGCGAUCCCGCGACGGUGAACAUUUCCGACGAGAUGUCCAAAGGCUCCUUCGGGAACGUGUGGAAUAGUAUUAGUCCCAGUGACGGCGCCAAGAAGGAGCCAAGCUCCAAAAGCGGUUGCGAGAGAGGACAUAAGAGGAAGGACUCAAAGUUGGACAGGGAGACGAGUUUGUGAUCCAUGCCGGCUUCGUCACCGCUCUGCGGAAAAUAACUCAUCUGACAUGCCACACUCGACCACCUCUGAACUUUGCUGCACCAUGCGUUCUCGUCAUGUAAGACUGUGUGUGUGUGUGUGUGCAACUCAUGUAAAUCUUUUAGAAACAGUGUUACCCUAUGGAGGAACCAACAAACAUUAACUGUGAUUAUUUUCUAUGUAUGUCAAUGUAUGGUGAUACCAGCAACAGAGGAAGCAAGGAAUUCAUAUUAUUAUGUACAUCUACCCGUGGGCCAAUUUAUUACAUAUGUAGGAUCUUAAUUUGAGAAAGUUUUGUACCGUGGGAAAAUAAUCCUGAAGUAACAUGAAAUGUGUGGAUUAUAAUUAAUGGACAUUUUUGUAAGGGCUGAACAUAUUUUCAUAAGGUAAAAUCAAGUCUGAAUUUUUUUGGUGAAAAUUACAAAACUUCAGAAGCCUUUUUAAACCGUAAAUACACUACAUGUUUUACAAGUAUUUCUGCAACAGGGUGAUCAAAUUAAGAUCCUACAUCUGUGUCAACCAAAUGGUUUUUAAAGAAACUUUACUUUUUAACGGAAUCGUUUGUAUUUUGUAUGUUUUUUUUCUUCUACUUUUUCAACAUAGUAAUCCUUAAAAAAAUCUAUUACAAUAUACAAUGAAAAUCUUGUUCAUGGAAUAAACAAUGUGUGUUUUGUUUUGUAAUUUGACAUCACUAUCGGGUCUGUGCACUUAACGAUACGAAAACAGUAUACUGUAUAUGUAUCAAAUUAAAGUUAAAUGUAUAAUUUUUUUUUUUGAAAGCUCAUUUGUAAAAUUUUCGCUGACAUUUUCCUGAAGAUUUGUUGAUAGUAUUUUUUUCUCCAUGUGGAGGCAGGUCAGUGUUAUAUUUCAGGCAUUGGGGACCAUUACAUUCCAGUUAGCAUAGCAGCAUAGCCCUGCCAUUCUAUACCUAUUGGGAAUGUGAUUCCUAUAGGGUUAGAACAUCUUGUAGUCAUUUAUAGGAUCUCUGGUUUUAACGAUCAAAUUAUCUCUGAAGUCUUCAGAUGACCGUGUAGAGAUACAGAGCCUUCAGAAAGUAUUCACAACGCUUGACUUUCUCCACAUUCUGUUGUUACAGCCUGAAUUUAAAAUGAAUCAAAUGGAUUUUCUUUGUCACUGGCCGACACACAAUACCCCAUAAUGUCAAAGUGGAAUUAGGUUUUUAGAAAUUAACAAAUGAAUUCAAAUGAAAAGCUCAAAUGUAUUGACUCAGGGAGUCGAAUACUUAUCUAAUAAAGAUAUAUUCCUGUUUUUUUUCUCCUUCAUUUGUACAGAUGUUAGAAUUUUAUUCCAAGUUGACAGAGUAUUUUGUAUAGCUCUUUGACAAUUUUUUGUUUUACAAUUAAAAUCAAUUUUAAUCCCACUUUGUAACACAAAAUAUGGAAAAAGUCAAGGGGUGUGAAUACUUUCUGAAGGCACAGUACAUGUACAUCUGUGUUCCACGGGCAUACAAAUGUGUUUUACCGGCAUAUCGUUCCAGUCACCCUGUCGGUACGUUAUGUGAUAUCUUCUCCUGCAUUCCAGUUUGUUUGACACCUACAAAGUGAUGUUGUGUUCUGAUGCUGAACUACCAGUAACUGUAUUUAAACACCUGCACAAAGGUGAAUCAAACUUAGCUGUGUCUUUCUACAGGAAUGUUGUGGUUAAUUGAUAGAAAUGCAAUAAAAGCUUUGUGAGAAAGGGCAAAAUGUAAUCAAGUGAAGACUCUUAACGAUGUUCAACACAUAGUAUAUUUUAUUCAUGUUUAAAAUGUUACUAAUAUGUUACUAAACGUUGAAUUGGGGUAACCGAAAACGUGUGGUUUUUAUGUUGUCGACGUCUCUCCCGUUGUACUGUGUUGUGAUGGACUUUACUUAUUAAAGAAAUAAUAAUGGGUCAAUAUCAAAUUUUGGCCACUUGUAGAAAUCUGCCUUAAAAUGUAGUAUUGAUAGCUGAGAAGACAAGUUUAUGUUUCAGAAUUUAUCGACUCAUCUGUGUAAAAUGAUCAAUUCAGAUAUCUGUUGUUCUAUUAUAAAUGUGAUUUGUUAUACGAGAGAAAGAGAAAUGUACGAAACAAUAAAGUGACUCAAGCAUCC